GAUGAAAUGAAAGGUGGGAGUUGUGUUUGUGCAGACAAGAGAGAGCAGGUUGAAUUAAUGCUAAAGCAGGUGCGGUGCGGUGCGUUGCAACUUUGCUUUUUCAUAGUACGAAGGUACAUGUCUAGAUUUACAGUACAGUGCACUGCAUUAGUAUAAUAAGUUACAGUACCAACGGGACUGUCCCAGGUCAUACAGUAUAAUAUUAAAUAUCAGAUCAGAGCAGGCCACGCCAGACCAGGCAAGGGCAAGUGCAGCCCGCCCAGCCAAGCCUAGCCAUCUCUUCACAUUCCUGCGCUCUACGUAACGUACGUACAGUACAGUACAGUACAGUAACUUGACGUCGCCCGUCAAGAAGCAACUAUCAAUUGGUAGUCGACCGGUCUCCUGAUAAUACACGGCAUACAAUACUGUAUUUGCCCAGCGCUUCAUCGAUCAGUAGACUCGGACUGUGCUUUGUGGUGUCGGUGUCUCUGUGUUCGCCCAGCAUCCGACGGACUUGCGUCGCAUUCCGGCUUCUCUCCGACCCCUCAUCCGAGCAACUCCUCCUCUUUCACCCGCUCUAUCGCCUCUCACAGAAUUGCUCCUAUACCUACAGUACCGACGAUAUCCCUGCCCUGUCCGAUUAACGUUUGCAGUGAGCCGCAGGGUAGGUAGUCUCCAGCUUUCGUCGGAAGCUAUCUACUACCCGGAGAGAGAGGAGCAGCCUCACGUUACACAUUUAUUGCAUUGGCCGGAUGUAGUUCAGCAGCACAGGCUUUAGUCUGGUCACUCUUGAGGGGCAUGGUCAACGAUAGAGACAGACGAAACCAUGACACGGCCGAAAGUGGACCCUGACAAGCGGAUUCGUACGGCCCAAGCCUGCGAAUCCUGUAAGCGGAGGAAACAAAAGUGUAAUGGCCUGCGGCCGUGUCAAACAUGUACAAAGCGAAGCCUGACCUGCACAUAUGGAGAGGAGACCGGAUCUGAAGGCAUACAAACAUCCCCUAAGCGUCGGAUGUUGGAGGCUAGUCUGGACGCCCCCAAAAGUGUUACCCUUUCCCCUGGACACGGCAACCGUCUCUCAAAUGGGAAGUCUCUAGCUCGACCGGAGAACAAGCAAAAUGGAGGGAAUGGGAUCUCAGAUAAUGGGGAUGGCAGUAUCAAACCCCUAGAUCAGUACCAGGACGGCCUCUAUGGAGGGAAAUCUCGGCGACGAGGCUCCAGCGAUCGUCACAUAUCAGACGAAAGCAUAGUAUUCCACUCUGGAGCGUCGAACAAUACCAACGGUCAAGAAGAGGAAGUCGCUGACUAUUACGAAGAAGGCCGGAUGUUGCAAGAUCCAACCGGUAGAUUAUUAUAUAUUGGAGAUUCGGCAGUAUUGUCUUUCUUACAAUUCAUCCGAAUGAUUGUUGAAAGCGUGUCUGGGCACUCUGAUUUUACUCAAGACCCGAUGAGGCACAUGAUUGUCGAGAACACUACGUCUUUGCCGGUAAAUGUGCGACAUACUCACCUUCUUCCAGACAGGCAGACAGCCAAUGUUUUGGUCGAUUCUUACUUUACAAACAUAAACGGACUAAUAGAAGUCUGUCAUCGAAAGACUUUUAUGACUUCACUCGAACAGUGCUACACAGAUCCGCUUAGCAUUGACCCAACAUGGCUAUGUCUGCUUCAUCUUGUAUUCGCAAUUGGCUUGGUCAUGGCCUCGCCAACCCCGGGAUCGCCAGAGGAUUUCGUUAUCAAGAAAUUGAGAGCAGAUAGAUCAAUUGACAGGGCUGAAGUGUUCUAUGCCAAUGCAAAACAUUUAAGCGAUCCAUUUACAGGCUUUGAAAAUUCUGGAUUUUGGAGUAUACAGGCCUUGACACUGAUGUCUGUUUACAUGCUGGCUGUUUCAAAGAGGAAUGCAGCUUACGCAUUUCAUGGUAUGGCCGUCCGAUCUGCAUUUGCAGUGGGCCUUCACAGAAAAGAAGCGAUGAAUCUCUUUGGCGAGGCCGAAAAGUCUGUUCGCAGGAACCUCUGGCGGACGCUGUUUGUCCUCGAUCGGUUCCUUUCAACGUCUCUCGGCCGACCAACCGCCAUUCGGGAGAGCGACUGUUCAGGAGACACUCUUCUGACCGGCGAACGAGCUCCAUUUCCUCAGGCGCCCUUUCCAACAGCUGCGAAUGCGAGUUUUACCAGUCCGAACGCUGUUGGUCUAGAGGCAUCAGUCCGCAGUUGCCACGUCAUUGGAGUAAUUCUGGAAAAGGUUUACUCACAGCGAAAGAUUUCAACAAAGCUUGCACAAGAGAUCGCAGAUCAUUGCAAAGGUUGGCCAAAAGCCCUUGAUCCAAGUCUGAACCACACACAAGCACAUUCCGCUUCACCUAGUCGAGGAAUUGCAAUAUUGCACGUCAACCUGCUCCACUUCCAUUCCCUCAUCCUGCUAACCCGGCCAUUUUUCCUAUUUUUGAUGAAGAAAAAAUACACAGCCCCUGAAGAUGCUGGUCAAGGCAUUCAUGUAUCACGGAUGGAAAAGUUUGCUAUAGCAUGUGUGGUUGCUAGUAAUCAAAGCAUCGCUUUGGUACAAAGUGCAAGAGACAGCGGAUAUUUGUCACAAAGAAACCCUUUUGUACUGUGAGUUUGAGACAUUCAGUUGUGUCGAUAUGUUGGGCGCUCUUCGCUAACCUAGGCAGAUACUUUCUUUUCGCUGCAAGUCUUGUCGUCCUGUCCAAUGAGUUCUGUGGUCUCUAUCAGAAUCCAAACGCCAGCACUUCAAUGGUCACUGCCAUCAAUAUCAUGCAUUACUUCUCUGAGCAAGACCCACAAGCACGCCGUCUACUUGUUAUCUUGACAUCAUUUCGUGAUGUCGUAUCCCAGGAGCAAACAAUGCCAGCCCAAGGACACGACGCCUCUCGAGCAAGUGGGGCCAUUCUACCAUCAAAUCCUGCUCUUAUAGAGGAAAACAACGACGCAAUGGCAAAUCUGUUCCAAGGAGGCUUGCCUUACCCAGGCAAUAGUCCAUCACUCUCCUCACCCCUAGUUGGAUUCAAUACCGCACAACGCGAAUCUCAGCCAAUGUCCUUCUCGACACUGAAUAAUACCACAUCUCAAAAUAACAACCACUUUUCUUCUCAAGGUCAACAAGAACAGCGUCCUUCAUCUCGCCAAAACUCCAUGGACGCCUUCGUAGAUCUCGCACGAGUCACAAGCAAUCCCAAUAGCGGCGAUAGCAACGAUGGGAAUGAGUCCUUCGCCAACGAGGAGAUCGAUUUUGAAGCCUUCUAUAAUUUUCCGUAUUCAAAUAGUGCUGUUAUGACACCAGGUCUUAUCUCUAGUAUGACACCAGGUGGCAUACUUGGGGAGUCACAAUUAAGACCAGACGAGAUCCAAGGCUUCGGCGACAGUCGGGUGCCAAUGUUCGGGUUGACGAACAUGGACUUUACGAAUUAUCCCUAGUACCACCGCCCUGAUACCAGAUCAGUGCUUAUGAGAGUCUUGGGACAAUUGGAAUGAAUUACUGAUGUUAUAAUGCUACCUGGGCUUUGAAAGCGCAUUCAGUGGGCCGGCUUUUUCUAAAAGAGGGCUGCAAGGGUUGUGUAAAAUAGGCGAACUGGGUUGGACCAUCAAAAGGAGGCUUCUUCUCGGAAUGGAAUUCACCAUUGUUUACCUGUG